AGUAGCAGCCAGCCACGCAUCUGGAACAAAGGGCUGCUGUGGCUCCUCAUUUUUCUAUCCACAACUCCCACUCUCGCUGUUCUCUUUGGCAUUUUACUAACUAUAUAUAAGGCUGCCUACAUGCUAGCGAACUCUUGAGCUCCUCUUUUGUCCUUCACAGCACAGAGGAAAAGAGGAAACAAAGCCUAUCCCCUUCUCUCCUUCUCUAUCACAAACUCAUAGAAGUCUGUAUCCUUUUUGUUUAAGAGGGCCAGAGGGGAAGGAAAGAGGGGGUGUUCUUUGCAAUAGCAUUUCUUCUCAAUGGGUUGCAGAAUUGCUGAUUCUGUUUUCCUCUUCGUGAACCCCAAACCGGGGCAAAUCCGGAGUCAGAGGAUUACUACCCAUUUAUCUCCAGGCAUUCAUCACUCGACAUGGGACGGGCUUCUUCAGAAAGGAGAGAAAGAGAAACAUGGUUUAUUCCACUUGAGAAGGACCAAACCUGUACAAGCAGUGGCAGUUCCAGUUGUACCAUCUUCAGCAGACAGUGCUCAGUAUAGAAAGCAGUUAGCAGAAAGUUACGGCUUCAGGCAAAUUGGAGAACCACUUCCUAGAAAUAUUACAUUAAAGGAAAUCAUUGAUACUCUGCCCAAAAAGGUGUUUGAAAUCGAUGAUGUGAAAGCAUGGAAGUCAGUUUUAAUAUCAGCCACUUCAUAUGCAUUGGGGCUCUUUAUGAUUUCAAAGGCCCCAUGGUACCUACUUCCUCUGGCUUGGGCAUGGACAGGGACUGCAGUAACUGGGUUUUUUGUUGUAGGACAUGAUUGUGCUCACAAGUCAUUUUCAAGGAACAAAUUAGUGGAAGACAUUGUGGGAACUCUAGCCUUUCUGCCACUAAUAUACCCAUAUGAGCCAUGGAGGUUUAAGCAUGACAGGCAUCAUGCAAAAACCAACAUGUUGGUUGGGGAUACAGCUUGGCAUCCUAUUUUGAAAGAAGAAUUUGAUUCAUCUCCUCUGUUCCGCAAAGCAAUUAUAUAUGGAUAUGGCCCAUUUCGGCCUUGGAUGUCCAUAGCUCACUGGUUGAUGUGGCACUUUGACAUAAAAAAGUUUAGACCAAAUGAAGUUAAAAGGGUGAAGAUAAGUUUGGCUUGUGUUUUUGCAUUUAUGGCAAUUGGAUGGCCAUUGAUUAUCUAUAAAACAGGGAUCAUGGGAUGGAUCAAGUUCUGGUUAAUGCCAUGGUUGGGCUAUCACUUUUGGAUGAGUACGUUCACAAUGGUGCAUCAUACAGCUCCACACAUUCCUUUUAAAUCUUCAGAGGAGUGGAAUGCAGCUCAAGCCCAGCUUAAUGGAACAGUUCAUUGUGAUUAUCCUCAUUGGAUUGAGGUCCUCUGUCAUGAUAUCAGUGUCCACAUCCCCCACCAUAUUUCUGCAAGGAUACCAAGCUAUAAUCUACGGGCAGCUCAUAAAUCUAUUCAAGACAAUUGGGGAAAGUAUCUAAAUGAGGCUACAUGGAAUUGGCGUUUAAUGAAGACAAUAAUGACAAUGUGCCAUGUUUAUGACAAGGAUGAAAAUUACAUUGCUUUUGACAAGCUUGCCUCUGAAGAAUCCCAACCAAUUACAUUCCUGAAAAGAGUGAUGCCUGAUUAUGCUUGAACUUUUGUGACUCAUUGGGUCCACUGCAUUUUGGUUCCUACUUAUCUCUUAUCCUUUUCUCACUGGGUCAAAUUAGGUAUGCAGUUAUAAUUCUUUGCAUGUUCUUGCUGAUGUUGAACAUUCUUUUACAACAUUUCUACUAGAAGGAAGGAUAAUUAUCCCAAUGAAGGUUCCCUGGAAGUUCACUACUAUUUUGGUUCUAGAUCAAAAGCUUAUGUAAAGAAUGAUAACAUCCAAGGAUUAGAUCUUGAUUAUAUUAUUAUUUCCUUCCUGAUGAGGUGAAAUACAGUGCAAUGACAAAGGUUGUGCGAGAAAA